GGAGGGCCGCCCUCUGCUGCUCUGCCGGAAGCUUUUCUGGUUGGUCUGUCAGGAACCGUCACCGCUGAGGGUGGUGGACAUAUAAAGGAGGGGUUCUGCUGCUGGAGACACAUUUUCUUUGAGUCUCGAUUCAAGAAAACAAAUCAGCAAAAUGAGUGGCCGCGGAAAAACCGGAGGAAAAGCCAGAGCUAAGGCCAAGACCCGCUCUUCCCGUGCAGGACUCCAGUUUCCUGUGGGCCGUGUUCACAGGCUGCUGCGUAAAGGCAACUAUGCGGAGCGUGUUGGUGCCGGCGCCCCCGUCUACCUGGCGGCUGUGCUGGAGUACCUGACCGCUGAGAUCCUGGAGUUGGCUGGAAACGCUGCCCGCGACAACAAGAAGACCCGUAUCAUCCCCCGUCACCUGCAGCUGGCUGUCCGCAACGACGAGGAGCUCAACAAGCUGCUGGGAGGAGUCACCAUCGCUCAGGGCGGCGUGCUGCCCAACAUCCAGGCCGUUCUUCUGCCCAAGAAGACCGAGAAGCCCGCCAAGAAGUAAACCAUUACCACAUGACUAACAACAAGCCAAACGGCUCUUUUAAGAGCCACACACUACUUCAAAAAAGAGCUCUUUCUCCGUGUAUGAUGUGUAUGCUUGUGCUUUUAUAAACUGCAUUUCUGAAGCGAUUCUGUCUCUGGGUCCUGGACCUGGAGUAAUCGAUAAAUGACAAAAGUCAUUAGAUUAAAUAUACAAAUGUAUAUGUACACAGUAUACGAAAGUGUAUAUUUUAAAUGCAAUAACUUGUAUAUGAAGAUAUGUGGAAAUAUGAACUAUAGGAUAUAACGUGGCUGUAGUGAUUAUAGAAACUACAUUUCCAUGUAGCAGAUAUAUCUGAAUAUGUAGUAAAAACGAGAUCCUGUAACAAAUAUUACAAAUGCUGCUUCAUCUCACCUACUCAACAUGCAUUACUGAUCAGUAAAAUUAAACA